UGACAAUUAGUAAUAUAACAAAGAACCGCAUGUGGAUAUACGAACGUCACUUGGAAAAAAUUGUGGAAAGUGGAAAGUGGUGGGUGUUGUUAAGUCAUUGGAUGUUUGGGAUGAAUGAGAUGGACGUUGGUGACUAUGUUACUAUUACUGUUACCCUGCCGUUUUUUAAAUUUGUAAAGGAGUGUGGGGUGAGUCUUGUAUAUGCUGAUGGAGAAAACAAUGAUGAAGAAGAUGCAUUGGGUUAUUACAAGUCAUGGAAUCACAUAAUUGGUGGAGAUCUCUCUCAUUUUCAAACAACAACAGGACAAUACAUCCUAAACUACUAUCGAUUUUUUCUUCCUUACAUAAAAUUGUAUCCCUAUCACCGUAAAUUCAUUACGGAUGUCCCCGACUAUCAAGGACAAAAGAAAGGGUCCUGGUUUAGAGCUUUAUCUCAAAGGAAUCCUGGAUUAAUUGGUAGCAGACGUGAGGGUAAGGGGGAAUCUUCAACGUCUCAUUAUUCACCUGAAAGUGCUUGAGAAAGAGAGGCUGCAUGCAUGUAACCGAACUACUCUGAAUCAAUCAUGUGAAACUCUUAUGAGUUCUAUCCUAAUUUUCCACAAGAAUUAAGAUGGUUUGCUCGUUGUCACACCUGGUGCCCAUAUGGGAAAUCUUCCGGGCUUUUGUUUUCAUAUAUAUUUUUUAUUUAUCUUUGAUUGCGAAAGAUAGGUGAUAAACAAUAUUUAGUGUUACUAUAUUAGUUUUUAAAUGUAUGUUUGUAUGUGUGUUAUCUCUCGGACCUUUGCAUAUCUCGCCCAUUCUUUGUAAUUUGUAUUUUAUAUGUGUGUAUAAUGAGAAGGGUAAAGAGACAGGAAGAUAAAUUGAUUUCAGUUAAUACAUGUGUGAGGAACAUGAUGUAAGUCUCUGUGUUGUACUGAUUGCUUUAUAUAUAUUCGAUAUUUU